AUGGAUCAAUCAACAAACAAUCGUUAUGCAAAUGAAAAAAUUCCAAUUUUAAAUUAUUUCAAUUAUAAUCAUUGGCGUUAUAUAAUGAUAGCAAAAUUAUUGGAAAAAAAUUUUGAUAAAAUUAUAUGGGCUGAACAAGAAGAUUCGACGUUACCAUCGGAAAUAAAUGCUGAAGCAUUAUUAUUCAUUUAUAAAUAUCUAAGUAGUGAAUUACAACAACAAUUUCAAUCGGAAAGAAGUGCAAAAAAUUUAUGGCUAAAAUUAAAUGAAUAUUUUGAACGUUCCAAAUCAACAUUAAUAACAUUUAUACGUUUGAAAUGUCAAAUGGGUAAAAGUCGUGAAUAUUGUACACAAUUUUUUACUAUGAUCGAACAUCUUCAUAUGUAUGGUAUACGUUUUGAUCAAAAUAUUACAAUGGAAUUAUUUUUAUCUAAAUUGCCCGCAGAAUUUGAUUCAUUAAUACAUAAUAUUCGUUAUAAUUCAUCAAAUCGUACAUAUUCAAUUGAUGAAAUUAAAUCAAUGUGA